GCCGACACGACGAAGGAGCAGGAGGAGCAGGCGGGGGCCGGGCCAGUGACGAUGGUGCCAGUGUGAUGCCCAGCAGGGCCGCCGAGACCCGCGGGCAGGAGACCCACACCACCUCAACACUCGAGCCUCACUAAGGCCUCCAUACUGGACUUACUGCCAACAUGAAGCGACGUAUCGGGUUCGGUAACGACGGGGAGUUCAUGUCCUAUUUGCUGGACGUUACCGACCGCUCUCAAAGACGUGGCGGCAGCGGAGGCAGUGAGGGAACGACAGACGAGGGUAAAAGCGACGACAACGACGAUGACGACCAGGACCACCUCCACGACCACCACCACCCCGCGCUGAAGACCCACCACCACCAGACCAGAAACGGGAAGGCGCGUGAGGCCAACGGGGAGUGUGAACGGUACACGGAGGUGGCGCCCCGGCGGACCACGAGGCUACAGGAGGCCGCCGACCUGCACGAGGGAGCGCUAGACACUGACAGACACAGCUCCAAGAAUCGCCGCUCUAGCAGACACUCCAAGGCCUCCGAGAAGCCUCCAAAGAACAAUAACCACCUUAAAGAACUGAAAGACGACACCGAGGGUAAAUGGAACCAGGAAAACCGGUUAAAAGUGAAGGAGAGCUCGAGAGACUACGAGACUCACACCAUCCUCGAGCAUAGAAUGAAAAGUGAGAGUAAUCACGCGGAGGAGAGGAGGGAAAAAAAGGCGAAAGUAAAGCUAAAACACAAGGUGGAGGCAAAGCUCGACACCGACCCCGUACAAAACCACGCCCGCCCACCAGAGGCAGACGACAACCCACUAGUACAAGAACUGGAGGUGGGGCAACCACUCCACCUCCACCACCACCAUCACCAACAACAACACCUACAACACUACCAACCACAACAACAACAACAAGUUCAACAACAAGUUCAACAGCAGCAGCAACAACAUCAGCACCAUCAACAAGAACAACAAGAACAACAACAACAUCAUCAACAACAACAACAACA